AUGUAUGUAAUGAGCCUAAAAAAAUACAAGAUGAAAUUGCCCCUUACUUCACUGAAGGAUGCCACUCCAAUAUUAGCUCCAUAUAUGUUACACAAUCAUUCUUUGAUUGUCCUGGUAAAGUAAGAAAAAAUUCAGAUUAUAUUGUACUCUUUAAUGGAGCAGGAACAUAUGAUGAGCUAGUAAAUAUUGCCUGGUGA